CUAAGCGUGCGAUGUGCGCGCAGUUUUGACGCCAGAUCAAACGAGCCAUACAGAACCGUCACAAUGUCGAAUCUUCUGCUUCUGCAUCUGCUGCUGUUUUGCAUCAUCUAUCAUAGUGGAACCUCCACUAUACCUGUGAAAGGAAGAAAGGGAGGCAACGCCAUACUGAUAUGUGAAUACAAGGCCAGCGAGAUUUCAGAUAUUCGUUUCAUUCGUCACAGAAAACGCAUCCACUUUGCUGUCAUCCCUGUUUGUCCGAGUGAAGAACAUAAACGUGCGCGUGCCCGAGUAUGUAAAAAAGAAGCAUGUGACAUCGUCAUCAAGGAUCUGAUCUUCAGUGACGCUGGGAAAUACAUUUUUAGAUUCGAUUACAAAAAUGCUCUGACAGAGCUGGAGUACCAACUUUAUAUUUAUGAUGAGAUUUCUGUGAAAAUCAGUGAGAAGCUGAAGUUGGAUGUUCUGUUGUCAAAUGCUGAUACAGUGCAGCAUCACAGCGGAACAAGCACAAAGUGGAAGGAUGUCUGGAAGAGAGGUCAUGGUGUUCAAAAUGACCAGCUGAAUGACAGAGAUGGAAAUCUGAUCAUCAAUAACUUUACAGCCAGCGAUGCAGGAACUUACAGAGUUUUGGGCUCUGAAGGAGAACUCUUGAUCACAGUGACUGUUGAAGAAACUCCAGAAUCUCCAGGAUCAAGGAACGGAUCCAAGAGUGACGCUAUAAUAAACAAUCACUGGAUUGGACCAGCCAGGCAGCCUGUGUGUUUUUGGAUGGUUCUUUGGUGGCUCUGCCUCUUUUAAAAGAACAAGGAUACACCAAUGUCUUGAUGGAGGUCUGAGUAGGUACUACGUUUGAUGAAGAACAUCAUGACUGUUAAACAAUAUAUGUUCUAUAUGGCAUGAAUUUAAUCCAGAUGUGCUACAGCUGCCAUAUUGUCAUGUGAGCUAUGAUCCCGAAAGUGGUAGGUCAUCCAGGUACUUUUUGUCUGCUGUUUUAUGAGUACUACGCCCUAUCUGGACAGUAAUUAUUUCUCAUGGGGACGUAAUCAAAAAAAUGUCAGUUUACAGGGGUUAGACAGUGAUUUUAUUGCCGUCCGAAUCUGCUGUUUUUUUAACAAACAAAAAGGUCAUGUGGUCAUUUCACUGCCGUCCGAAUCCACAUCUCUGAGUUUUCAAGAAGGGAUCAAUUCAAAAUGCACUGUUUAAAUUAUUUUUGACCACUGCUGAGCACCGUACGGGAACUGUUGCGCUUCGCUGUGAUUUGCAUGCAUUUUAAAGAUGUACAUUGUUAUUACUGAAAUGCUGGAAAGUAUUUACAAACAAUAUUCAGUGCUCCGUGUGUUCACUUUGCUCAGGUGCAUCAGUGCUCCUCCACAGCGAGUGAGAGCUGUUUACAAAUAAACAUUUCUGCCAUAUCUAUUUAUUUAUUUAAAUGGAUUAAUAGUGUGCUU